AUGUCGGUCUCCUUCUCGGCUCCAGACCUGCAGCCCACAUAUCAAGCCCUGGUCGACGGCAGUGCCGACUACGACUGGGCCAUCUUCAACCAGUCCGGCAACGAGCUCAAGGUCCAGGCAACGGGUUCUGGUCUUGACGACCUCAGCGAAGAGUUUAUGGACGGCCGCGUCCAGUAUGCGUUUGCUCGUGUCCAGGACCCCAGCCGCUCGCUCGACCGCAAUGUCCUUGUCGCCUGGUGUGGAGAGGGUGUCCCCGAGUCCAAGAAGGGUCUCUUCCACAUCCAUCUCUCACAGGUCCAGAACAAGUUCCUUCGUGGCGCCCACCUCGUUAUCCAGGCUCGCGCUGACCUCGACGUGACCCCCGAGCACAUCCACAAGCGCAUCCAGGAGUCGUCUGGCUCAAAGUACUCGUCAUCGGCUCCUGUCCCAUCGCGCCCCGCUGUGGCCAAGCCAGUGGUUCCCUCGUUCCGUCCUGCCCAAGGCCUCGGCGGUGCACAGGGCCAGCCCGCUGCUGUCCCCGCCCCACCACCAGUGUCGAGCUUCAACCGUCCGACACCCCCAGCUGCUGCCGCUGCACCCCCUCUUCCUGCUUCGGCGCGCCCCGUUCCCAGCGCUCUUGCUCCAGUUGCUGCUGCUCCUCCUCCUCCUCCAGCUCCUGCUGCCCCGCCUCCCAUGCCCUCAGCUCCUCGUCCAGCAGUCAUGUCUGCUUCGACUCCUGCGCCUACUGAGGCUCAAAAGCCUGCCGCCGAGGACCGCAUCGCCAGGGUCGGCACAAACUACGAGCCCGUCAAGCUCGCUGCCCCCGGCAAGCUCGCGAACCGCUGGAACCCGGCCGCCCAGCAGCAGGAUGACGAGGACGAGGCGCCUGCCCCGCACGUCAGCCUCAAGGACCGCAUGUCCGCCUUCAACCAGCCCGCCGUAUCGGACAAUGCUCCUCCUCAGCCUAGCGGCAAGAAGCUGACCUGGUCCGAGCGCCAGGCUGAGGCCAAGCGCCAGCGUGAGGAGGAGGAGGCCCGUAGCGCCUCGGCCAUCUCGGCCGCUGCUACAACCACUACAUCGUUCUCGCGCCCUUCGUUUGGUGCGGCCACGGCCAUCCCCAAGGCUCCCACGCCGCCACCCGCUCCUGUUGCUCCCCCCGCGCCUGUUGCUCCCCCUGCUCCUGUUGCACCAGCUGCUCCUGCGUUCAACCGCUCGGUUCCGCCCCGCCCUGUUGACUCGGAUGACGAGGAAGAGGACGAUGACAACUGGGGUGCCCCCGCGCCGCCACCCGUCUCGACCUUCCGUCCCCCUCCACCUGUCGCCGCGGAGGAAGCUGCGGCCCCGCCUCCACCCCCUCCCCCUCCCCCUCCCCCUCCUCCGGCCGACCCCGUGUCAGAGCUCACCCGUCUCAAGGCAGACCUCACUCUGCAGGAUGCUCCCCCUGCGCCUCCCCCCGUCCCAACCAUGUCGCGCCCCGUUGCCGUUGUUGCCGAGGCCGCAGCUCCUCCUCCCCCUCCCCCUCCUCCUCCCCCUCCCCCACCUCCCCCCGCCCCGGCGGCUGCUCCUGCCGUCGCCGAGCCCACUACCCCGAGCGCCCGCGCGCUCUACGAGUAUGCGGCAACUGAGGACAACGAGAUCAGCUUCAACGAAGAGGACGUUAUCGCCGAGAUUGAGGAGGUCGACGAGGGAUGGUGGUCAGGCCGCGCGCCCAACGGCCAGGUCGGCCUCUUCCCUUCCAACUAUGUCGAGCUCAUCGAAGGUGGCGGCGCUUCGGCUGUCGCGGAGGAGCACCACCACGAGCCCGAGCCUGAGCACGAUCCUGAGCCUGAGCCCGAGCCCGAGCCCGUCGCCGCACCUCCUCCCCCUCCCCCUCCUCCCGCGCCCCCGGCGCCUCCCAUGCCCGCCGCAUCCGAGGGCACCGUCAAGGUGGCCAUGUACGCGUACGCCGCGGCCGAGGACAAUGAGCUGUCCUUUGAGGAAGGCGACCGCAUCACCAACGUCGACACGAGCAUCGACGACGACUGGUGGCAGGGCGAGGUCAAGGGCCAGACCGGUCUCUUCCCCUCGGCCUAUGUCGUUAACGAGGACGAGUAUGCUGCCGCGAUGGCCGACCAGUAG